AUGGUUGCAACUGCUUUCCGCCACCCCGUUGGGAUCAUUCAGCUCCAUGGUUCUGCUAGUGAUGCUGGCUCUGCUAGCAAAUGUGGGCAUUCGUCUUUCAGAUUUAUCUCCAAGAAUUUCGCGGUCGAUGUUGCUUUGCUUAGGAAAGGACAUUUUGAGAGUGCUUUGAUAUUGAUCCGUCGUGGCGAAUCUAUGUGGAGUGAGAAGAACUUGUUCACUGGUUGUGUUGAUGUGCCUUUGACAAAGAGAGGUGUAGAUGAAGCAAUAGAAGCUGGUAAGAGAAUUAGCAACAUCCCUGUAGAUAUGAUCUAUACAUCUUCACUGAUUCGUGCACAGAUGACAGCCAUGCUUACCAUGACCCAACACCACUGCAAGAAGGUUCCAAUCAUUAUGCACAAUGAGAAUCGACAGGCAAGGGCAUGGAGUCAAAUCUAUAGUGGAGAUACUGAGAAGCAAUCAAUUCCGGUUAUAACUGCUUGGCAAUUGAAUGAAAGAAUGUAUGGUGAACUACAGGGUUUCAAUAAGUUAGAGACAGCUGAAAGAUAUGGAAUGGAGCAAGUACAUGAGUGGCGUAGGAGUUACAGUAGUCCUCCUCCCAAUGGUGAGAGCUUGGAAAUGUGUUCCCAUAGAGCUGUAGCUUAUUUUAAAGACAAUAUUCAACCACAACUACAAUCUGGUAGGCAUGUGAUGGUUGCUGCCCAUGGGAAUUCAUUAAGAUCUAUAAUCAUGUAUCUCGAGAAAUUAACUUCCCAAGAGGUUGUUAGCCUGGAGUUACCAACUGGGCUACCACUUCUUUAUAUCUAUAAGGAGGGGAAAUUUAUGAGGAGGGGAAGUCCAGUUGGACCCACACAAGCUGGUGUUUAUGCUUAUACUGAGGACUUAGCCCUUUGCAAGCAAAAAUUGGAUGAAAAGUUUUGAACCAGGUAAAACCAUGUCUAAAAUUGGACUUCUAAUGUUCUUUUGGCAUAGCAUGGAUUGGUUGGGUAGUUCAAUGUUCAUAAGAAAUCUGUGUUUUGUUAUCCACCCAGAUAUCUGUCAAGCCAAUAUAUGAUUCAGACCUUAUCAGUUCAAGUGUAACUCUUAUCUUUUUA